AUGGCGAUGCUGGAAGCAAGUUCUAAGCCAAGAGGGAGUGGUCAACAAGGAAAAGAUGAACAAAAGCAAGGUUUCCUUCAAGAGAACACUUGCGAGAAGAACUCCGAGAAGGUUCAUGAGAAACCGGCCAAAGAAUCGAUGUUUUCAAUAUUCGAAUUCCCAAAGUCAGAGCCAAAUUUGAAUGCACAGGAGAAGAAAGUCGAGAAAGAGAAGAAAAAAGAGAUUGAGAGAAAGAUCAAGGAAAAUGAGAGAAUCGAGAAAGAAAAGAAAGAUAAUAAGAGGAAGAUGGACAAGAAGAUCAAAGACGAGGAGAAAAGAAUGAUUGAAAAUGAAAUAAGCCAAGUUAAGGUCGAGUACAAAGAGAGGCAGAAGAGAAAUGAUUUGGCAAGAGCAGAAUUCAGACGAGUACAAGCGGAACAAGCGAAAUUAUAUCCUUCAUCGCGAGAUGGUCAAGCGCGUCGCGAGACUUACAUAAGCUUGCAGCAAGAAUGGCGUUAUCGUGAUGAAAGGGCGAAGUACGAGAAAGAUCAUCGGAUAGAACAGUUGAAGUCCAACUUGAAGGCACUGGACUUGCAAUUGACAGUGUCAGGAGGAGAGAUAUUACGAUUACACCAGUUGAAAGAAGAGGAUGAAAUAUCCAAGGAGCAAGCAAGAGAACGAUUGAGGAAAUCCACAGAGGCCAGAAAAUCUGCAGCGCAAGCCAGACAAACUACACAAUCCGGCAAAGAAGAACCCACUAAGAAAUGCAUCUUACCCGUCGUCUCCCAAGAAGUCAACUCUUCUAUGGAAGACAAUCCCUUUUAUCUGCCUGGCGAGUUCAAGUAUCAGCAGAUGGGAGAAUGGGAUUCCGACACCUGCAAGGAGUGGAUCUAUGAUUCUCUUGAGAAUGGCCUUACAAGCCUUGAGCUACAGCAGUUAUUCUUCAAAUUAAUAAAUAUGCCACGUAUUGGUGGAAAACGCAUGUUUGGGGCAACGGAAGAGGAGUGGGUUGAGUGGUUGGCUACUCAUGGUCUACUGAUCCAUGACAAGUUGCAGAGGAUCGCCGAAGUGAGGAAGGUGGACAUGUAG